GUAGUACGUCAUCUCUCCGCGACACGUCAACACCCUAUGGUCAACACGCAUUUCUCGGCGAAUAGUGAUAAUAAACGUUACCACAGUGACUCAGACCUGGUUUUUAGGACGCUUUCUGAGAAGUCAAGGUGAAAGUGUUGAUUUAAAAUCAGUUAUUUUUUUAAAUUUGGUGUAUAAUUUGAUUUGAGCGGCAGCGACGCUGCAUGUGUGAAUAUUUUCGGGUCAGACUCAACUCCCAGCUGUUUGUUAAAGACUAACGGUUCCAGCUUUAAGGCUCUCGUGUGGGUUCCACGAUGAAUGAAGAAGAGCUGGUGGAGUACUUCAGGGCCCAGAUGAGGAAAGACCCGGACAUGGCCUCUGCUGUGGCCGCCAUCCGCACCCUGCUCGAGUUCCUCAAGAGAGACAAAGGUGAAACCAUCCUGGGCCUGAGGGAGAGCCUGACGUGGGCCACAGACCGUCUGACGGGAGUGGACUCCUCCGUGGCCGUGUCCUCCGGAGGAGAGCUCUUCCUGCGCUUCAUUAGUCUCACAUCACUAGAGCAUCAGGAUCUGUCUCGCUGUAAGAAGGUGAUGGAGGAGAGAGGAGAACUGUUUCUAGAGAAGAUCUCAAUGUCCAGGGCCAAAGUGGCAAAGCUCUGUCACACCUUCAUCAAAGACGGCGCUAAAAUCCUGACUCAUUCGUACUCCAGAGUCGUUCUCCGGGUUCUGGAAAAAGCUGCAGCUGAGAAGAAGCGCUUCUCUGUCUAUGUGACUGAAUCGCAGCCCGACUCAGCCGGGCGACAGAUGGCAGACGCCCUCAGAAAGCUCAAUGUCCCAGUAACAGUGGUUCUGGAUGCAGCUGUCGGGUAUGUGUUGGAGAAAGUAGACCUAGUGAUUGUUGGUGCAGAGGGAGUCGUUGAGAGCGGAGGGAUCAUCAACAAGAUCGGGACUUAUCAGACGGCCAUGUGCUCUAAAGCUCACAACAAGCCCUUCUACGUCGUGGCGGAGAGUUUUAAAUUUGUCCGCCUCUACCCGCUCAACCAACAGGACGUGCCUGAUAAAUUCAAGUACAAAGCUGAUACCCUGAAGACUGUAGAGAACCUGUCGGAGGAGCAUCCGAUGAUCGAUUACACCCCCCCCUCCCUCAUCACCCUCCUCUUCACCGACCUGGGCGUCCUCACCCCGUCUGCUGUCAGCGACGAACUCAUCAAACUUUAUUUAUAACUCAAAGUCCUCCAAUAAAAUCCAUUU